ACAUGAAGAGAAUCCAAACCAAAAAGCAGAGUGAAAAGUAACAAAACAAUUCUUAUCCGUUUUCUCAUAGCUCCAUGGCUCUUUCCUUUUCUCACCAUUUUCUUCUUCAUGGGAACAAAACCCUUUCAGCUCUGCAAUCUCAAAGCAUAACUUUAUCAAAGCCCAACAACACACACACAUACACAUUUUUGCAUCAAUUCCCAUAUAUUCGGUGUUGCUCAAGCCACAAAACCAACAUCAACCUCAAAACUUGUAAGAAUUGCAAAACCCAAUUCGACCCUGCACUCAAUCACCCUCUUGCUUGUCGAUUUCACACUGCCCAUUUUGGAGGAGAAACCAAGAGAAAGUUUGAGAGUGUGUAUGAAGGGGGAACCAUGAAUACUCCUGACUCUGGUAAAGUUUUUCAGUAUUGGCAUUGCUGUGGUUCUGAAUAUCCAUUUGAUCCUGGUUGCACCGCUGCUCCUCAUACCUCAUAUGAUGAUUGAUGUUGAUGUCAUUCAUGAUUCAUCAUCCAUGAAUCUGAGGUUCACUUCUUCCAUUUGGGAUUCUUUUAACUAUAUACAUAAUUU